AUGCCUCCCUCCGAGACAACCCCACUUCUCGUCGUGCCGGUAGCUCCCCAGCGGUAUAGGUACCCGCAUCACAAGUUACGCCGAUUUUGUAGCUCCUCACUUGCCCUGCUCCUCAUAAUCGUCCUCGUUCUCUUCCUUAUACCAUCCACUAUUCUUCCACGCGAGGGUGGAUCGAUCUGGUCGUACCUCCCUGGAGCUCACCCCUUCCCUAAAUCCUGGCCAAGCGGCAACGGCCUCGAUUAUGACGAACUACAAACCCUCCUCCUAGGAACCCCAUCCGCAGCCCGCGCACGUGAAUGGAGCAAGUACUACACUUCUGGGCCUCACCUUGCGGGCAAGAAUCUAAGCCAGGCACUGUGGACGAAGGAGCGCUGGGAGGAAUUCGGUGUCGCUGACACUAGUAUUGUUGCCUACGACAUUUACCUCAAUUACCCCCUCGAUCAUCGGUUGGCCUUGCUGAAGGGAAGUGAGGUUGCCUAUGAAGCAUCACUCGAAGAAGACGUUCUGGAGGAGGAUAGAACAAGUGGUCUGGCCGAUCGCGUGCCUACGUUCCACGGCUACUCUGCUAAUGGGAACGUCACGGCUCCAUUUGUCUUUGCUAACUUCGGCACCUACGCCGAUUUCGAGGACCUGGUUAAUGCUAAUGUCAGUCUUGCGGGUAAAAUCGCCAUCUGUAAGUAUGGUCGUAUCUUCCGUGGCUUGAAGGUAAAACGGGCGCAGGAGCUUGGAAUGGUCGGGGUCAUCCUGUAUGAUGAUCCGCAGAUGGAUGGAGAGUUCACAGAAGAGAAUGGUUACAAGCCAUAUCCAGACGGUCCUGCAAGGAACCCUAGUGCAGUUCAGCGUGGCAGUGCCCAAUUUCUGAGCAUUGCUCCUGGUGAUCCUACCACUCCCGGAUACCCAUCCAAACCGGGUUGCGAACGACAAGACCCUCAUAACUCUAUUCCAUCGAUCCCGUCUAUUCCCGUUUCGUACAAGGAUGUGCUGCCGUUCCUCAAAGCUCUGAACGGUCAUGGCCCAAAGGCGUCCGACUUCAAUGAAUGGUGGCAAGGCGGUGGCCUUGCCUACAAAGGAGUUGAAUAUAACAUCGGACCGACCCCAGAUGACGUUGUGAUCAACCUCUUUAACGAACAAGAAUAUGUUACAACACCGCUCUGGAAUGUUAUCGGAGUCAUCCCUGGCUCACUCCCAGACGUGAUCAUCUUGGGCAAUCAUCGGGACGCCUGGGUUGCUGGCGGUGCUGCUGAUCCCAAUAGUGGCUCCGCUGUUCUCAAUGAGGUUGUUCGCAGCUUUGGCGAGGCACUUAAAUCUGGCUGGAAACCGCUCCGCACCAUUGUGUUUGCAAGCUGGGAUGGAGAGGAGUAUGGGUUACUAGGCUCUACUGAAUGGGUAGAAGACAACCUUCCCUGGCUUUCGAAGUCAAACGUUGCCUACUUGAACGUCGACGUUGCCGCUGCGGGAACAUGGCUUGGUCCCACUGCUAGUCCACUCCUCAAUAAGCUUAUCUAUGAGGUGACUAGUCUCGUUCAGUCGCCAAACCAGACCAUCAAAGGGCAGACAGUCCGCGAUGUCUGGGAUGGCCAAAUUGGAACAAUGGGGAGCGGCAGCGAUUUUACUGCGUUCCAGGACUUUGCCGGGAUUCCUAGUUACGAUCUUGGCUUUAGCCGUGGCCGUGAAGACCCAGUGUAUCAGUACCACUCUAACUACGAUAGCUUUGACUGGAUGGAGAAGUUUGGUGAUCCGGGAUGGCUGUAUCACGAAGCUUGCACCAAGAUUUGGGCUCUGGCUGCGGCCAAGCUGGUGGAAACCCCAGUUCUAUUUUUCAACGCUACCGACUACGGCUUUGGACUGGAAGCUUAUGUGGACCGGAUUAAGCCUUCUGGGGAUAACUUGCCGGGGGGCGAGUCUUUUGACUUUGGGCCUCUGUACGAAACAAUCAAAGAGUUCCAGAAAACUGCAGUCGAGUUCGACGCUUACGCGGCGGACCUCACAUCUCAAUUGGAGGAAGAUGUUCCUUGGUAUCUAUGGUGGAAGAAAGUGAGGCUGUAUUUUUUGAUCCACGCCGUCAAUAUCAAGUAUAAGAAUAUUGAACGCCAGUUCCUGUAUGCACCGGGCUUGGACGGACGCAACUGGUACAAACAUGUGGUCUUUGCGCCCGGUAUUUGGACUGGCUAUUCGGGGGCAACUUACCCGGGACUCGUGGAGAGUCUGGACGCUGGAAAUCUGAGCAGUGCUGAGAAAUGGCUCUCUAUCAUUGUUGAGCGUGUUGAAGCAGCGACCAAAUUACUCCAGUAA